UUCCGUAACGGGAGGUCGGAACAUUGCCCGUUCUGAACGGCGUCCAUGGACGACACUGCAAGGCUGCUGCGGCCGCCUCCAGUUCGGAGACCGGAUGUCAGGUUAAAGGGACCCCUGAACAGGAAGGAUUAUGUUGUGGUCUUGGUUUGUGUAUGUAUGGGUGUGGUGAGCAUUCUUUUCGGGUUCCCGAAAGUCGUGGGUUGGAUUGCGACUCUGCGAGAGGGUGACCUCGAAGAGGCCUUGUUAUGGCGCAGCCCGUUCUACAGGGGGUCACUGCUGAGCGUUCACCGCCACCUAGUGAGCAGCGCCUCACGGCGGGAGUACGACAUUGCCAGGGAGAUCUCUCGCUCUUUGAACAGAGACGCGGACCCGUGCGACGACUUCUUCCAAUUUGUGUGCGGCAAAUGGACCUCUGCGCACCCGGGCAUGGUCAGCGAGUUCACCAGGUUGCAGGGAGAGCUCAUCGCUGCGGCUGUUUACAAGAUGGCGCGCGGCCAACGCAAGCCCAGCACGCUGAUGUCUGCAUCCGACUUGGCUGGUGAAGCCGUUCGCAGCUGUCUCCUAGUACACAUCACGAAGCACGAAGACCCCAGUGGAUUCCGACACUUACUCGAGUCUCUCAAUUUUGACUGGCCAAACGUCAGAGAGGACACGGCAAUCGACCUUCUCGAUGUCGCUGUUGCAACAUCGCUCGAAUGGGGCAUCCCAACUCUAUUUGAGCUCGAGGUAGCAACCGACUUACGCUCCGACAGUUCCAGCGUAUUGCGGCUAAGUGUCAGCUCUAUCUUAUUGACGUGGCUGACUCGGUGGUACACCAACGCCACCGACGCCAUUGCCUUGUUCCACCUGCCCGCAUACCUGGACCCUGACGUAGACUAUAAUAUCCUGACCAACAAAGUCGUUGAACCUACUGUCCAAGCACUCCUGCACCUUAUCUCUGGUAACAUCGAUGGGAAUGCAAAGCCCGUCUACAUCAGGGUUGAAGAUAUCACGACGCUGUCGCGGGAGUUCUUGACAACUGAGCGUUUCCUGUGGGCGGUGAACAGACACCUGCACGAGGACGUGCGCCUCGAGUCUGACGACGAAGUGCACCUGUUGGACCAUAAUUUUUUAUGGCACGUCGGCGAGUACAUCAACAAGUUCGAGUCCCAAGGGAGACAGAGCGAUGUCGCCGUCCUAAUCGGCUGGGUUAUAGCCAGCCACAUGGCUCCGGCGUUCACCUAUCGCGUGUACAGCGACAGCGCAUACGGCUUCUCACUGGCCACAUUCAGCUGCAUAUCUCUGGUGGCCGAAAUGGCUCCAUAUCCUUUAAUCUGGUUCAUGACUGAAGACUACGUCGUCCCUCAAGACUGGAACGAGACGAGCCACAUAUUGGAGGACGUGCGUGCUGCGAUGGCUGAAUCUUUCGAGUGGAUGGACGAAGCAAGCAAAUGGUCUGCUCUGCAGAGGCUGAAGGUCAUCCGACAGAUCGUGGCCUAUCCGGACACAGUGUCCACAAAGGAUGGACUGGACAGUCGAUACAGCUACUUGCUCAAGACAAUACAAGGUCCAUUCAGCAGGUCGUACGUGAGGUCGAAGAGAGCUGGCCGUGAUGCCCGGAAUGCCAUGCUAGGACGCAUUGCGAUUCCGCGCCAGGAGGACGAUUGGCUAGCUGUUCCUUUGGUCAACGCCAUGUUCGUCCCUUUUUACCACGUUGUCAUCAUUCCGACCUCAAUCAUGCUACCACCAUUUCUUGUCACCGACUUUCCAGUGGCGAGCUAUGGUGGCGUGGGUCACGUGGUAGCGCACGAGCUGAGUCACGCCUUCGACGCCGGCGGAUCCAUGGCGGACGCGGACGGGCUUCAUCGUGAAUGGUACACUAACAGAACACGCUCCACCAUGGAGGACAAUGAGAAAUGCCUCAGGACACUCUACCAGAUAGAGGGGAAUGGGUCGUGGGUCACCGAAAAUGAGGACUUCGCUGAUUCUCUGGGUAUCAAGGUUGUUACUCGAGCGCUGGAACGUCGCUUUGAUGCUGAUGCGUCUUCGGGAAUAGAAGGCUUCAACAACAUCCAACUCUUUUUCGUUACCUCGUGCUUCAAGUGGUGCGGAGCGGACCUAGGGGACAUCCCGCAAGACACGCAUUCAGGGAUUCGACGCCGCUGCAAUGCUCCUUUACACGGACACGAUAAAUUCCUGGAAGCGUUUCGCUGUGGCCCUUACGCUCGUAUGAGGCCCGCACAACCAUGCAGUUUCGCAUGACCAUUGAAUACACUUCAUCUGACAAUUUUAGAAGGGCUAGUUGGCCCUCACAUAAGUAAAUCGGGAGAAAAUAUACUAUCGUUUGAACAGAAUAAAUCGUUGGUGUA